AUGAAUCUUGAUCUCUGUUUUUGCAGGGAAGGGAAUGAACCCGGGGAUUCCUUGAAGAUCUCAUACAGCGAGUUGUUGCACAAGGUCUGCCAAUUUGCCAAUGUUCUCCGGGAACAAGGCAUAAAGAAAGGAGACAGAGUUUCUAUCUACAUGCCAAUGAUUAUCGAGCUGGUUGUUGCCAUGCUCGCCUGUGCCAGGAUUGGAGCGCUUCACUCCAUUGUGUUUGCAGGUUUCUCAGCAGACUCCCUUUGCGAACGGAUUCUCGAUUCCAAUUGUUCUCUCCUCAUUACAGCAGAUGCCUUUUAUAGAGGUGAUAAGCUGAUUAACCUGAAGCAGAUCGCAGACGAGGCCCUGCAGAAAUGUAAAGACAAAGACUCCCCUUUGAAAAACUGCAUUGUGGUCAAGCACUUGGGAAGGGAGGAGGAGCUGGUGUCAGACGGGAUAUGCAGCAAAUCACCACCUCUGAAGAGGCUGUGCCAGGAUGUACAGGAAAAAGAGACUGAGAGCUCAAAGAGAUUCCAUCCCAAGACUCCAUGGAAUUCCCAUGUUGACCUUUGGUGGCAUGAGCUUAUGAAGAAUGCCAGCAAGGAGUGUGAGCCUGAGUGGUGCGAUGCUGAAGAUGAGCUGUUCAUUCUUUACACCAGUGGAUCAACUGGGAAACCCAAGGGUGUCGUGCAUACGGUGGGUGGAUAUAUGAUUUUUACAGCUGCUACCUUUAAGUAUGUGUUUGAUCACCAUCCUGAGGACAUUUACUGGUGCACGGCUGACAUCGGAUGGAUAACUGGCCACUCCUACCUCACUUACGGACCUCUGGCAAAUGGGGCAACCAGUGUAUUGUUUGAAGGUCUGCCCAUCUAUCCAGACGUCAGCCGCAUGUGGAGCAUCAUUGACAAAUACCAGGUGACCAAGUUCUACACUGCGCCCACAGCCAUCCGACUGCUCAUGAAGUACGGCGAUGAGCCCGUCAAAAAGUACAGCAGGAAAUCCUUGAAAGUGCUGGGGACGGUCGGGGAGCCCAUCAACCCCGAAGCCUGGCUGUGGUACUAUCGGGUGGUUGGAGAAGAGAGGUGUCCCAUCGUGGAUACCUUCUGGCAGACAGAGACUGGUGGCCAUGUGCUGACGCCGCUCCCCGCUGCCACACCCAUGAAGCCGGGCUCUGCGACGUUUCCGUUCUUUGGUGUCGUCCCUGCUAUCCUGGAUGAAUCCGGGGAGGAGCUGGAGGGAGAAGCAGAAGGCUACCUGGUAUUUAAGCAGCCCUGGCCUGGAAUAAUGCGCACAGUGUACAGGAACCACCAGCGAUUUGAGACCACCUACUUCAAGAAGUUCCCAGGGUACUACGUGACAGGAGAUGGCUGCAAGAGAGAUAAGGACGGCUAUUACUGGAUCACGGGGCGCAUCGACGAUAUGCUGAACGUCUCUGGCCACCUGCUGAGCACCGCGGAGGUGGAGUCUGCCCUGGUGGAGCACUCCUCCGUUUCUGAGGCUGCGGUGGUGAGUCACCCCCACCCAGUGAAAGGCGAGUGCCUCUACUGCUUUGUGACCUUGAGGGAUGGCCAAAAAUUCACCACGGCCCUGAUGGACGAGCUGAGAAAACAAGUCAGAGAAAAAAUUGGACCGAUAGCAACCCCUGAUUACAUCCAGCAUGCACCUGGUCUGCCCAAGACCCGCUCAGGUAAAAUUAUGAGGCGCGUAUUAAGGAAGAUUGCAAAGAACGACCGAGAUCUGGGAGAUACCUCAACUGUGGCAGAUCCAGCUGUUAUAAACCACCUGUUCAGCAACAGGUGUGAGACUCUGCUGUAGCAGAGCAGCAUGCCGUCCUUCAGACUAGAGAUGCCAAAGCACCGAGUCCUAGUAGAGCGGGGCCGUCCGGAGGAGUAUUGUAUUCACUGGGGGAGAGAAGCCAUUACCUGUCAAGUUGAAUGUGAAAUGCCAUCAAUGAGGAGAAGAUCGGCUCUCGAGCUGGUCCUCUCGCUGUGUUGUAUCUAGCUGUCUGUGCCUCUGGAGAGGAUGUACAUGAUGUUGUUGAUUGAUACUGCGUAUCUGAAAUUCCAGCCUCGGUCACUCAUUGCAGAAUGACUUACAUCGUUUUCUUUUCCAUCAUUUUAUUCAUGUUUUUUAAAUUGACUUUGUGUAAUGGGCGGGGCCUGGCAUCGUGCCCAGAGUGUGGAUUGGUGGUUUGAUGGCAAAUGGUGUUUUGCUCCCAAACAGUAGUUAUGUGCCUUGGGCUCCAACAGAUUCCUGGCAACAAUCUCUCUAAGUUAAUGCAGAACGACUGGAAUUGCUCUUAAUAAACUAGAGUGUAGUAGGAUUCGUCUGCCACUAUCCACAUUGCAAAUAAGCUGCUGCUUCUGUAUCCGUCUGUUGGAGGCUGAGGGGAGUUUUAGAAAAAGGAUCUGCAACUCUGUAGCUGUGCAAGCUAUUUUUAAUUUUCUUUCCACCAAAUCUGUUUAGUCUGAGCUGUAUGUUAGCUGAGAUCUCCGGGGCUCGGCAAGGGAGUAGACUGUGGCUGGGGGCUUUGGGGAUUAGUGACUUUUUAUAGAACUCUUUUGGUACCAAUAUUUUGUUAUGUUAACUGCUUGGCACCAGGAGUUGGAUUGUCCCAGCACUGGGUCCUCCAUGAGCAGUGGAUGUACUAGGGAACCACAGUCAGGAAGGGCUGAGUUCAGUGCCGGGACGUGCCAUACUGGCUGUGCUCCAUAGUGUGCGAUUGCUGUCCAAUUGCUGGUUCUGAUAGAUCACGCCGGUGCCAAUUAAUCUCAGUAGGGAUAGCUCAUCCAGUUGCCUUUGGGGGGGGGAGUGGGUGCUACACAUAUCAAAGGAAAGGUGAUUGAGAAUUAUGCAGAGGUGUCUUCCCUGUUGCCAGGCGAACAGGACCCGUCUCCAAAGGUGCCCCGUCUCACAGUACGUGGAAAGGGGCAGGCAGGGCCUUACUAUUCCAACAAGGUACUUCCUCAUCCGAAAAACGAAGUGAAAGGUGUUUAAAUCAAGUCUAUGCUUUAAAUCGGACAUGCUGCUUCAUGGUGGGAAAACCCUUGCACGGACUCAGGACCGACAGCCUGAACA